GCUCCCGCAGCACAUUUGUUGUAGCGCUCCGUCGUUGUUGACUUGUUUCGUCGUAGGCUCCGAUUGGACCGAUCUGAUCAGACUUUGAAUCGAUCGCUUUGAUUUCGAAACGCUGACUCUUAAUCCGGGAACUAGCCUAGUAUAUAGGAUCAGAUCAGAACAACGCUGACAUUAUUGAAAUAUACCCAAAAAACGGGCGAAAACGUGCGCUCUUACGUCGGUCGCGUGAGUGUGUGUUUGUGUGUGGUGAGUUCUCCUCAACCCCCCACCCCCCCGUCGCCCACGUCUCGCUCAGCGCGCAAAAGUAAAUUUUAGUGCAAAUAAAUUGCUUUGCUUAUCUCGAAGCGCGCGCUCGCAUGAUGAACGCAACUGUGUGCGUGCGUGUGUGCUUGUGGGGAGUGAGUGUGGCGAGUGUUGUUAAUUAAUUUACAAAAGUCGCUCCUGUUUGGCGAACAACAGAGAACAACAAUAACAAACAGCAGGCGAGGCAGUGCAAAAGUGCGAAAGCGUAAGAAAAACAAAAAACAACGCACGUCCUAACGGUAGUUGCAUGUGGGCCACUUCGCCCACCCAACCCCCCCACCCUUUUCCGGAAAACGAAAGUUCUUUUACAUGUAACACAACAACACUCUCAGAACGCAGAGAACGAGAGAGAGAGCGAAAAGCCCCAGAGCGUGAGAGGAGAGAGAGAGCCAUUUGGCCUUGAACUUGCGACGUUAUACAACCAAACUCAGGUGGAAGCGGCAGCGUCAACAUCGAUGUCAAUUCCCGUAAACUGCAUACAAUAAACCAAUGUACAAAUUCAUAAUAUAGGCGAACCGCGCAGGUUCUCUAGAACUAUUCACGGAUUACCACAGAAUGGCCGUUGAGCAUUGGCCAUAGAUCUUUUUUUGGAGAGAACAACUGCUGGGACAGUUGGCUCCCGGAACAGUACCAGCGUAAUCUUUUGUACCUGUUGUGUCGGCAAACUGCUGAAGGCAAGCUUCCCAAAGUUACCUGAGGACAAUUUAUACGGAAACAGAAUUAUAUAAAAUUAUAUACAACACACCUAUAUAGAUAUAUAUACACGAAGAAUUUGCCGUUUUGACAAGCCGUCCACUUACACAAGAACACAAAGAAGGGCUACUAUAUAGAUAAUAUAUAUAAAUAUGCCCCACGUCUGCCACAACAGGAAGAGCCACAGCAAUCCGCAGGGCAGCCACUAACAGAGUUUUCCGAAUAGCUGCCGGAAAAUUAGAGUAUCCAGCAAAUAAGCCAGCCAGUCGAGUGCAAGGACAUCUCAUCUCUGUUUCCAUCGCAGGAGGAUAGGAAAACUGUUGCCAUGGGUCGCAAAAAAAUUCAAAUAUCACGCAUCACCGAUGAACGCAAUCGGCAGGUGACCUUCAACAAGCGCAAGUUCGGCGUGAUGAAGAAGGCCUACGAGCUGUCCGUGCUCUGCGACUGCGAGAUCGCCCUGAUCAUCUUCUCGUCCAGCAACAAGCUGUACCAGUACGCCAGCACCGACAUGGAUCGCGUCCUGCUCAAGUACACCGAGUACAAUGAGCCCCACGAGUCCCUCACCAACAAGAACAUCAUCGAGAAGGAGAACAAGAACGGCGUGAUGUCGCCGGACUCACCUGAAGCCGAAACGGACUACACACUCACACCGCGAACGGAGGCCAAGUACAACAAGAUCGACGAGGAGUUCCAGAACAUGAUGCAGCGCAACCAGAUGGCCAUCGGCGGAGCGGGAUCGGCCCGCCAGCUGCCCAACAGCAGCUACACCCUGCCGGUUUCCGUUCCGGUGCCCGGUUCCUAUGGGGACAACCUGCUGCAGGCCAGCCCACAGAUGUCCCACACCAACAUCAGCCCACGUCCAUCGAGUUCGGAGACGGAUUCAGGUGGGAUGUCCCUGAUAAUCUAUCCAACGGGUUCCAUGCUGGAGAUGUCGAACGGCUAUCCGCAUUCACACUCGCCGCUUGUGGGAUCACCGAGUCCGGGUCCCAGUCCUGGCAUAGCCCACCACUUGUCCAUCAAGCAGCAGUCGCCGGGCAGCCAGAAUGGAAGAGCUUCCAAUCUAAGGGUCGUCAUACCGCCCACCAUCGCCCCCAUACCGCCCAACAUGUCAGCGCCAGACGAUGUGGCCUAUGCAGAUCAACGACAGAGUCAGACAUCGCUGAACACACCAGUGGUCACGCUGCAGACGCCUAUUCCCGCCCUCACGAGCUACUCCUUUGGGGCGCAGGACUUCUCCUCCUCGGGGGUGAUGAACAGCGCGGAUAUCAUGAGCCUCAACACCUGGCAUCAGGGCCUGGUGCCGCACUCUAGUCUCUCGCACCUGGCUGUCUCGAAUAGCACGCCGCCGCCCGCCACCUCACCCGUCUCCAUCAAGGUCAAGGCCGAGCCGCAGUCGCCGCCGCGAGAUCUCUCCGCCAGUGGUCAUCAGCAGAACAGCAAUGGCUCCACGGGCAGUGGCGGAUCCAGCAGCAGCACCAGUAGCAAUGCCAGCGGAGGAGGAGGCGGUGGUGGGGCAGGCGGUGUAUCCGUCAGCGCAGCCAAUGUCAUCACGCACUUGAACAACGUCAGUGUCCUGGCAGGAGGUCCUUCGGGGCCGGGAGGAGGAGCAGGGGGAGGCGGCAGCAAUGGGAAUGUCGAGCAGGCCACCAAUCUGAGCGUCCUGAGCCACGCGCAGCAACACCACCUGGUCAUGCCCAACUCGCGGCCCUCGUCCACGGGCCACCUAACACCCACUCCAGGGCAUGAUAAGUAUGAAGGAUAUCCGUACCGCGCGCUAAUGGGACAUAAUCCUAGAUGGAAUUUUGCCGGUGCGCCGAGCAGCGAGCAGGAUGUGCGUCUGGCCGCAGUGGCCGUGCAACAGCAGCAGCAGCAGCAACAACAGCAGCAGCAACAUCAGCAGCAGCAGCAACAACUGGGCGACUACGAUGCACCCAACCACAAACGGCCGAGAAUAUCGGGCGGAUGGGGCACAUAGCCGGCACGAGCUGCCGGUAGCAGCCACUACAAGCCACAUCAUAACAACAACAACAACAGCAACAACCACACCGGCUGCAGCAGCAACACCAGCUGCAACAGCAGCAACACCAUCAGCAGCAGCAGCAGCAACAAGAAGCCGGCGGAGUGCGAUGACCUGGCGAUGAUGCCGCCCCCGCCUCGCAAGGACUUGGCCCGCAGCCCCUACAGCCUCCUGCAGUCCGGCUACGACUGUUAUGGCCAGCAGCUGGCGGCGGUGGCCUAUGGAACGCAGCAGCACCCGUAGCCAUCGCGUCCUCCGUUUCCGGACCAGUGCAAUAGUUGAGAACGAGAGAGAGAGAGAGUUAGGAAGGAAACUGGAGGCAGUUUUGUUUUGUUUUCGGUUUAAGCGAACAGUGACAGUGUCAUAUCUAUAGUUAUUGUAACUUAAAUGAAUUACGAUUAUACACACACACACACACACCUACGGUAAUAGUUAUAAUUUUAAAUUAUAUUAACGCAGAGCAUCCUGCUGAGAGAUUCGAGCAGGCUAGAGUGUUGAGCUGAUUUAGUUUAGUUACCAAUUACAAAAUACACCUACGAGUACGGUUAAAGUUAAUGUUAAAUCUAAUCUUAGGACAAAAUGCUGCAGACAAAAAAGAAAAAAUGGGAAAAAAAAACAAAACGGAAACGAUGGAAAUGGAGAAGAGCUGCUCUUUAUGCUGUAAAUAUUUGAUUUUAGUGUCAUAAGUUUUAAACUUAGUUCGUAGGUAACUACGAGAUACGUAAACCAUACAAGUCAUACGAUGAGAAAAACGAUUGAGAAACUCUAAGCAAGAAAACACAGACCCUCAAGCAGAUAUGUACUCAGUGUUCGAUCAUAAUUUGUAGUUUUUUGUGCAAUUUAUCGUCAAUUUUUAGUUUUGUUCUAUGCACACAUACCUUUUAAACGGUUCGUCAUCGAACACGAACGAUUUGUUUUCUAGCUGGGUUGGUUUGCAUAAUUUGAACCGAGAUCGCAGCCCUUUGCAAGUACAUAUACACACACACACACUUUAUGAUUAUGAUUUAGUUUUGAUUUAAGCGAUUAUUUAAUAGACACUUUUCUCUUCAUCUCUUAAGCGAAACGAAGUCAUAAUUUGUAAUUUAAAUUUAAAGUGGAUUUCUAUUCAAUUUGAAGUGUUUCAAAUUCUUGUGCCUAAGUUUUUGUAUUUUUUACAUUUAAAUGCAGUUUGUAAAACAACAACAAUCGCAACCGCAACAACAACUCAACAAAAUAUAAUUUAAAUAAAAUUAUUAAA